UUUGAAAAUCAAAUCGAAUAGAGUAAUUGCCUUAAGCUUUUUUUCCAACAAAAGAAAUCGAAUUCAAUAGUUACCAUGAUACGCCUUAAGCAAAUCGCCUCGGACCAAAUUGAGGAGCGUGCCAAGGAUGAAGUUCGGGCCAGUUUGAUAAUAUUCGCUGUUCUCUGUGCAACCAUACGACUCACUCCAAUUUUGUUACGUAAACUCACCUCAUAGAAGGGGUAAUUAUUAUA